AUAUUUUGCGCGCGAUAGCCCGCUAAUUUUUCUACUGCACUUCACUGACCCUUCUGUUUUUCGCCCACAAGUCUAGCGAAAUUGUCACGCCGCACAUUGGUAUCAUUCGAGUGCCCCUCUUUCAAGGUUCACGUUUCAUGAGCUCCACUGCACCCAUUCGACCUACGAUCCACAACAUCAACUCGGCCUACGACAUUUAAUUUUUUUACUUCUAUUGGGAAAUUAUAAGGCAAGAUGACGACGCCAACCUCUGCGACGAGCGCGCUCCCUUCGCGGACUUUUACUAAUGGGAGUGAGGAGGACGCUAUCCCAGGAGAGGAUACUAGUGAGGUUACGAAGCUCUUUCAGGAACGCCUCCAGGCAUGGAAGCACGCCGUCGGGUAUCUAUCGGAUUACAUUACGGCCACAGAGAAGACGAAUCAUGCGCAUGGAAAGGAGUAUGAAAAGGUGCUUAAGACUGUAUCAAAUCCCCUGAAAGAGGGCCACCACUUCGAUCAAUCGCUUGGCGGUAUUGCGGGCAUGUUUGAGAAUAUCAGGUCCAACACCCAAGGAAUCUCUAACUCCCACUACGAUACCGCCAAGGCUUUGAAGGGCUCUAUUCUCCCAAUCUUUGAGCGCCUUCACUCUGAAAUCAAGAACAAGACCAAGGAACUUACGAAAGGCGCCGGUAAAGGCAGCAAGGCUGUCGACAAGGCACGUGCUCAUACCCAGAAGCAUAUCGAAACGUUAGGCCAGCAUACCGCAGCUUUCGACAGCCAUGGCGGUAAGAUGUCGGCGGCCGAUGACCCCUACGUCCUCCAGCGCGGUGUUAUGCAUCGUCUAAACAAGCAGAUCCAAGAGGAGAACAACAAUAGACAAGAUCUAAUCAGUGUGCAAAACAGCUUUGCUCAAUUUGAAGCACACAUCAUCCAGACAAUCCAGCAUGGCAUGGGUCAAUUCAUGCAAAUCGUCAACACGCAGGCCGAACAAACAAAGGUCAUGUACGGAGAUAUGGUUGGUACCGCUCAGCGUAUUCCCCUCGACUUUGAAUGGAAUGGCUUCAUCCAGCGAAACAACAACAUCCUGAUCGACCCCUCUGCACCCGCCCGAAGCGUCACCAACAUCCACUUCCCUAACCAAAACCACCGCGCCACGCAACCCCUCAUUGCAGGCUCCCUCGAACGUAAGGGCAAGGUCAUGCGUAGCUAUGACACUAAUUACUACGUUGUCACGCCUUCCAAAUUCCUCCAUGAAUACAAGACAGAUGACGACUUCGCUAGAGACCCCGUGCCGGAUAUGUCCCUAUACCUCCCCGAUUGCAUCGUUGGCGGUUGUAACGGCCAGAAAUUCAAUGUAAAAGGGAAAGAUGUCUCCAAAGGCAAAGUUGGCAACAAAUUCAGCAUGUCCCACGAACUUCAAUUCAAAGCACAUACCACACAAAACGCGAACCAGUGGUGGGAGCUCAUAAGACAGGCGGCGGGGCAAGUUUCUGGAGAGGCACCUGAAAGUUCUGUGCCAACCAGUCCAGCAACAGGCAACAAUAGUCCACAAGAAAACUUAAGCCCGAGUGCGAGUGUGAAACAACCUACACCAUUGCAGACACAGGGACUAGAGAAACAGAAUACCACGAGUCCAGCGAGCGCGCAGACGGCUGGGACUACACCUGCAAGUGCGGCACCUGCUUCUGCGGCGCCAGCUUCAGGAGUGGAGGGCGAGCCUGGAAAGUAUUGAAUGGUAGAGAGUCCUAGAAAAAGAGAGCCACUGAAGAGGUUUGAAUUCAUUAGAAGAGGAUCUAGAGAUAUGA